AUGUCUUCAGGAGGAAAAUCAGGAGGUAAAUCUGCAGCAGCCACCACGACCAAAGCAAGUUCAUCUCGUUCAGCCAAAGCGGGUUUACAGUUUCCAGUAGGACGUAUUCAUCGUUUACUUCGUAAAGGAAAUUAUGCACAAAGAGUUGGAGCCGGAGCACCAGUUUACCUUGCAGCAGUUUUAGAAUAUCUUGCUGCGGAAAUUCUUGAACUUGCGGGAAAUGCGGCACGAGAUAAUAAGAAGUCAAGAAUUAUUCCUCGUCAUCUUCAAUUGGCUAUUCGCAAUGAUGAAGAGUUAAAUAAAUUAUUAGGACAUGUUACGAUCGCUCAAGGAGGAGUUCUGCCGAAUAUUCAUCAAAAUCUUUUACCAAAGAAAUCAAAGAAAGCCGCAGCUGCUGAAGCCUAA